UGGACUAGAAGAGGGUGGCGUACAGAGGUGGAACCGGGGUGAUGAGGGUUCAGAGAGGCGUAAGCAAAACUCUUUUAGCGGGAUAUUUAGCAAUCACAUUAGUCAGAAGGGAGUUCGCCUUUGGUUGUAAAAGUCUGAGCGGAAAGGACGUGUGCUUGUCCAGGACCUACAGUAAAUGUGUCACUAUGGCCGAGGAGGCAAAGAAACGUGCGGGUUACGCGGCGGUGGAUAACCACAUUAAGGACAAUCACGUGGUGGGAGUAGGCAGCGGCUCCACCAUUGUCUACGCCGUGGACAGACUGGCAGAGAGAGUUCGUCAGGAGAAGCUCAACAUUGUGUGUGUCCCCACAUCUUUCCAGGCUCGGCAGCUGAUCCUGCAGCAUGGGCUGACACUCUCCGAUCUAGACCGGUACCCGGAGCUGGAUGUUGCCAUCGAUGGAGCAGAUGAAGUGGACUCUGCACUCACUCUCAUCAAGGGAGGAGGGGGCUGCUUGACUCAGGAGAAGAUUGUCGCUGGUUGUGCCAAACACUUCAUUGUCAUCGCUGACUACAGGAAGGACUCCAAGUCUCUGGGUCAGCAGUGGAAGAAGGGCGUCCCCAUCGAGGUCAUCCCCAUGGCCUAUGUGCCAGUCGCCAAGGCAAUCAUGCGGCGCUUCGGGGGUGAGGUGGAGCUGCGCAUGGCCGUGAGCAAAGCGGGCCCGGUGGUGACUGACAACAGCAACUUCAUCUUGGACUGGAGAUUUGAGAAGACGCAUAACUGGAAGGAGGUCAACACCGCCAUAAAGAUGAUUCCAGGAGUUGUGGAGACGGGUCUAUUCGUGGGCAUGGCAGAGCGGGUGUACUUUGGCAUGGAGGAUGGGAGUAUCCGCACUCGAGACCCCCCGAUUCACUGAGAAGCCUCACUGACCCCCCCCCCCCUUUAACCAGCACCUCACCGCAAGUGCCACACACCACGCCCCCAACACCGAUGGACAGCCCCCCGAUGCACCAGCCUGGAAUUCAAAGAGAGGACGACAAUCCAUCUGACUGUCCCCCCUUCCCCACCCCCCAUCUGUGACCUACAACACAUUCUUCACCUGUCUCUCCAAGGGUCUACUCUGAGUUUCUGUACAUAACUCAGCCCGCAGGUAAAUGUGCGAUUCCCUGGGUAGUUACAGAGUAGGAGCUGCAGGGUGCUGUCCCCUGGUUGGGCUACUCACGCCCCUUGCUGGCCUGUCUCUUCCUCUACACAGAGUCAUCCUGAAAAUUGUGACAAUGGUGAAAACCACAAAAUAAAUUCGUCAUGAAAUCAAGUGACCUGUCCUCAGUCACAGAGCAUCACAAUGAAAAAACAUGAAAAAUCACAAUGAAAAAUUAAAUUCAUCAAAUGUAAAUCUUUCAUCAUUACUCAGCACAAGGGACAGCAUGACUCCAAAGUUUGUAAAAUGUAAAAUGUCUGUAAUGUCCUGAGCUUCCCUGUUUGCCUCGUCAUCCUGGCUUUUUGUGAAGCGUGCCAUCUCCACUGCUUCUGUUUGUGCAUAUGUAGACAGUGCCAGUGUGUUCUCUGUGUGCAUCUCAUCUGUGUGUGCUUGUUACAUUUCAGUACUCAAGCCUGCUGCUCAAGGCCAUGCACUAUUGCUUGGAUAGUUUCAUUACAUCAUUACAAUGUUACAAUGUAGAGACCCAUAAGCUUCAGCAACGUCAGUUUUGUGAACUUUUUUAAAGAAGUAUUUCUCUGAGUACUUAUCCAAAAACCCUGCAGCCUGUUUGCGGUUGGUCUGUCUCAAUGCAAGUCACUUAUUGCUGCAUACCUAAACCUACUGCUCGGGUACAGAAAUUCAGUUUGCACCAUGCAAGCUGGGUUUCUCCUCCUGACUGAAAAGCAUGCCACCCAGUUACUGCCAUUUUCUGUCCAGUGCUUUUCUUGAACAUCCCAUUGGGUCCAAAAACAAACGUGAACGUUAACACAGCUCAUCUACUGACCAAGGACAUUUCAGAUCCUACCUUGAGGGACACUGAGUCAUUCUCAGGGUCAUUUUAUCAUUUAUUUUGGUCUGGCAGCAUCUGUUGGAUGUAAUCUGAGGGUAAAGUGUAGCGUUAGUGAAAUGUCUAAAAGCACGCCCUGUCCUGAGAGCUGUGUGAUUUCUCCUUGCUAUGACCCUGGCCAAGCCUUCCCAGCACUGCAUUUGGGCCUGCGAAAUCUGUAUGGUACUGUCUGAGCAGCUGCCAAAGCUGUCACGGUCCCCUGAGAGUCUUGCGGUGGAGGUUCUGUGGUCUCAACCUGAAAUGUUUAGAACAUGUUACAACACUGAUGGUGUUUUAAAGGUGUUCCCUAAAUACCUGUAAUGAUGAAAAACUGGUAGAGUGAUUGAGGGAGACCACUAAUAAUACAGAUGGGUUCCUCAGGUUUAGCAGAAUUUGAUUUGAACAGAUUAAGAUCAUUACUCAGUUUCCUAUUGGCUGGGAGGAUGGUGCUACUAACCUAUCAGGACUGUGAUUUCAGAAGUGUGUCUUUAGUGCUGUUGUCAGCAUUGGGGGGUGUAGUGUUUUAUCUGCCGUGAUGUCAUGCAGUGAUGAACCCUGCUCAGGACCAAAGAAAAAGAUAUCUGUCCGUUUGCCUAGGCCAUGCCUCAUCUGUGUGGGUCUGACCCACAUGCCAUCGUCCCACAGGUUGACUGUUUCUGCUCUGCCAGCAGGGAGAGCUUCAGAUUCAUGAUUGGUUACCCUAAGCGCAGUCUUUUUGACCCCUGUAGGGGUUGGACAUGAGAGCUGCAGCCAUUGGAGGCUUCAGUUUAAGGAGCCUUGAAUUUACAGAUGGAUUGUCUGAGAAAAACAUCACACUCUUGUUUGAGUUUUUAACCCUAUUGUUGUGUUACUGUUAUGUGCCUGCAAUCUGCUACUUAAUGUCCAUUUGGACUGUAAUAUGAGAUUAUAAUGGGAUUAUGGCUCAAAUGACCGGACUGGCCUUAAAGAAACUUGUUUAAUUUCCUUCACUUUUUUCUGAGUUACUCUAUGGUAAUUUUAGAAUACCUCUGGCCUUUCCUUAACUGUUUAACCUGGAAACUGUAUGAUGUUCCACAGUUCAGUGUUUGUUCCAUCUUGUGUGUGUAAUACUAAUGAUGGUAUGGUCAGAACUGUGAGCUGCACCUCAUGUGCAAAUCAAAUACAGAAUUUGGA